AGCGUAAACAUUAUCAUUAGUCCGAUAACUGGCGGGGAGCUUGUCGCUUGUGUGUAAAGAUAACAUUACGGAAUACAAAAUGCAGCUCACACUAACGAGCCCGGUGGUGCAAUCCUACAUCGUGUAUUCAGCGGUAUUGGCGCUCAAAUUGCUAUUCAUGUCGGCACUGACGGCAGCUACUCGUUUGACCAAAGGUAUCUACGCGAACCCUGAGGACGCUAAGACUUUAGGCGGCAAAGUGAAGUACGACGACGCUAGAAUAGAGAGGAUCCGCCGGGCGCAUCUCAACGACUUGGAGAACAUCCCCGCGUUCUGGGUUCUGGCGGCGCUGUACGUGACUACUGGACCGGUGGCCGCAUGGGCCACUCUCCUGUUCCGCAUAUUCACCCUGGGCAGGAUAAUACAUACGGUGGUGUACGCGAUCAUUCCCCUGCCGCAACCGGCCAGGGGACUCGCAUUCGGAAUCCCCAUGCUGACUCUGUUCUACAUGGGGUCACAGGUCAUACUUUAUUACAUAACAUUAUCGAAUCCAGUACUACAGUCGUAUAUCGUGUAUUCUGCGAUGCUGGCCCUAAAACUACUAUUUCUAUCAUCACUGACUUCAUUGACGCGGCUGGCGAAAGGCGUGUUCGCAAAUCCCGAAGACGCCAAGACUUUUGGAGGCAAAGUGAAGUACGACGACGCUAGCGUAGAGAGGAUACGCCGCGCGCAUCUCAACGACUUGGAGAAUAUCCCCGCGUUCUGGGUGCUGGGAGCGCUGUACGUUACCACCGGACCGUACGAACUAUUCGCCACAUUCCUGUUCCGCAUAUUCACGCUCAGCCGAAUAAUGCACACGCUGGUGUACGCGAUAUAUCCUCUACCACAGCCGGCAAGAAGAAUCGCAUAUCGAACCUCUCUACUGAUCCUCUGUUACAUGGGCGUGCAAGUCACCAUUUAUUAUGCGACAGCAAUGUAAUUUACGACUUACUUCUUAUAAAUG